AUGUUACGUAUUGUUCGAGCAUCAAUCGAUCUAUAUUCUGGUGCAGCAAGUUCAGAACAAUUACCUCCAACAACAACAACAUCUGUUCAAUCAAUAUCUCCAACAACUAAACCAAUUAUAUCGACUAGUCUAAGUUCAUUCGGUUCAAAACCAAUACUUGGUAGUAAUGCACUUAAUAUAACACUUCCUACAUCAUCGACUACUCCAUUUGGUAUUACUACAGUAACAACAACAAAUAACGGAUUAUUAUUUGGUAAUGUUUCUAUUACAACUACAUCUGCUCCUAGUUCAUUGAUUACAACAACAGCAACAUCCGCAACUCCUACUCCAUUUGGUAUGGGAUUUGGUGCUCCUACAACUACAACAACAUCAGCUUCUACUCCAUUUGGUACCGAAUUCGGUACUCCUACUACAACAACAACUGCGGCAACAUCAGUUUCUACUCCAUUUGGUACUGAAUUCGGCACACCUACGACUCCAGCUCCAGGAACAUCAGCAUUCAGUACUGGUCUAUUUGCUACUGCAACAACUUCAGCUUCUACUCCACUUGGUAUUAGCUUGGGCUUUCCUACUAUUACAACUGCAACAACAUCAGCAUCGGGCACUGGUAUAUUUGGUGCUCCAGCAACAUUAACAUCAACUCCUAAUCUAUUUGGCAGCGGCUUCAAUACUUCUACUGCAACAACAUCAGCACCUAGUACUAGUCUAUUUGGUAGUGCAUCAACAACAUCACCUUUUAGUCCAUUUGGUAGUGGAUUCAGUGCUGCUUUAACAAGUACGGCUCCUAGUACUAGUACAUUUGGUAGUACAACAACAGCAUCCCCAUUCGGUGGUGGAAUUGGUGCUAGCUCGACAGCAUCUCCAGGUGCAACAUUUGGUGGCUUUGGUUCUCCUUCAACAGCAUCAGCAUCGGAUACGAGUGUAUUUGGUAGUAGUGGUUUUUCAUUUACUUCAACUGCUAAAUCAACAGCUGGUACUUCAUUAUUUGGUAGUAGUAGUAGUAGUACACCUGCAUUUGGUAGUAGUUUUUCUGGUUAUGGCACGCAAGCAAAUGUGUCUGGAUCGUCGACUGGUUUUUCAUUUGGUGGAUUUGGUGGUGCUCAACCUGCAGAAACAACAACACCGACAACAACACAAUCAGGUUUUGGUUCUUUUGAAUCACCACCUCCUACAUCAUCACCAUUUGGUGGCUCAAUGUUUGGAGAAACACCUGGACAAACAACUGGUUUUGGUACAGCAACAUCAUCAUUUGGAGCUACGUCAACACAAUCAGCAACCUCACCUUCAUUUACAACUUAUCGUAAAUAA